CUGCUGCACCCACUCACACCCAGCAAAGCCGCCUGCUUGGCAAGUUCAACUCGAUAGGCCCCGGUAACCAAAGCUCCUCUGAAGAGAACGUGCCCAUGUUUGUUCUUGCCACCAACCAGUACUCGUGCCUGAGGACGAUGCACACCGAUCAAACAGGCGACAGGCAUUGCUACCAUGGCUGCCGCCUCGCCACGGGCAUGCUUCCGCUGGUGUAUCGGAUUGAAGACUGUGGUCAGGUCAAUUCGGCCCACAACAGCUUCUCUCUCGAGUCCGAGAUGGCCGCAUUCAAGCGCACAGCCAUCGACUCAGAUUCCGAUCCGGUUUCUUUGGCAUACGCACGAUACGACAUCUUGUCGCCACCAGAGAGCGAUAUGAUCGAGUCCUCGAUUUCACUUGAGUGCCAGUGGAAGAGCCCGCCAUCACUGCUCUCGCCUCCGUCCAUGUCUGCUUCGUUAGCGGUGCAUAUUCUGCAUGUUAACGGCGAGGCGGAUGCAGAGCACCACAACCCAACAUCCAUGCUACGCAAAGAGCUUGACAUGAUCCGAAGCUGGGGCGUGGGGACCGAGGAUCCCAGUCAACUUCAAUUCUUUGGGAAGGGUGCAUCAAUGUCAUCUCUGAUCGACCGCUUCCUGGAUGAUGCCAAGUCUCAAGGUUUUCAGAUAUCAAACUUUGCACCAACAACGACGUCGCUGGUCGCAUUGGGAGGCGAUCCGCUGCCGAGCCGCAGCGACGCAGACUUUGUCGAGAAGAUCUGGGAGCUGGUGGUGAAUCACUGCUCAGACCUCUCAGACUUCCAGGACGCACUCACCUCUGUCAUCAGCGAGCUCGAGGAAGGCAAGCUACUCCCAAUGAUCCACCGAUCCAACCACACCGGCUUUGGACAGCAAAUCCGAGAAUGUCUGGCCCUGUCGCGUAUGAAUCAGCUUGGAAAGGAUUACGAAGCGCGGAAGCAGAUGGUGCAAGGGGUCUUUGAUACGUAUCUAGAAAACCCGGGCGACUGCCUACUUGAAAUCGGUGUGUGGAAGCUGAAACGCGACUACACCCACCAUCUGAUAGGCAACGAUCUGGCCAACUGGGGCGAUUUGGAGUUUUUCUUGGACGCCAGCCACGGCAUGUCCCAGCAGAUCCUCCUGCUUCAGUGUCUUCACCAAGUUGUAGAGCUGUGGACUUUGCUCAAAGACAACUUCCUGAUUCUUCCGCUGGAACACAUGAAAGUAGUUGUGAAGGGCGCGCUGGACCACUACAAGCACAUGAUGCAGGACAUUCUGGCCGACGAUGAGCUCGGACAGAGCGAAGCUUUGCAGCGCAUCAUGGAAAACACCGUAUACAACGUGCGACUGCAGCGAUACGGCAGCGCAUCGAUCAAGUUGCUCGAGAACAUGCAGCAAGGAUUUGACCCGAGCAUAUGGAGCGUUGUAAUAGCCUGCACGCGUUCUGGUCGUGCUCAAGCCGUCCUAUUCAGCAAGGACAAUAUGCUCUUUGAUGGCGAUCGGGAUGACGGAGCCUUCCAAAUGGACACCGAUCCAGCCAAAGACUGGACGAUCCACAGCGCCGUCGACUCAAGCCGGCAGUGGAACGUGACCCGGGCCAUGCGGUGUCUCUGAUGGAUGACCAGCCGACGAGCGUGUUUGCACAAAACCCGGACUAUGAAUGGCACGGAAGUGGGUCGCUGAAGCUGACUUGAUGUGGAAUA